UUUCGCUUGCAGCGGUUGCCAUCCUAAUGGUAAUGUUCCAGAACAACUUCAAGGCAGUCGGCUCAGCAGGGAAACUCUUGGAAUACGCAUUUUUGCUCUUCGCAAUGCUUUUAACCAAAGGUCCUUCUCGGUGCCCGGAGAACACCCGCGUGCUCAUCGGAGUGUGGUGGGUAGCCGUUGUCUUCACGACUACUUCCUUCACGAGUCACAUGCAAGCCAGCAUGGCCAUAAAGACUGAGGUUCCCCGUCUCGAAAGUGUCGCUGAUAUCGUCAAGCACCGGCGCAUUGUACCUACCGUCAUCGAUGGCAUGGCUUUCGAUGUCUUUUUUAAAACGUCCGCCAACGCCGAAGACCAAGAGCUUUGGCGCCGAGUCCAGCAACAUCAUAGCCAGCUUCCCUUCAAUAAAGUCUUCCGGCGGGAAACUUAUGAAGCUGUACUGGAUGGUCGACAGGUAGUCUUCAUGGAACAAUCACUCUACCACUACGGCAUUAGGCGUCACUACUCCCAGGAGCCUCCUAGGGGUCAAUUCUAUUUCGGAAAGGUCAAAGUUCUAACAGUUCCAUGUGCGAUAUUCGUGAGCUACAACGCCAGCGACUUUCUCAAGAAAAGUCUGCAUCAAAGCACCCGCUGGAUCUGCGAGUCCGGGCUGCUAGAUCGUCACCUGGAAGGUGUGCUGCUGCAGACAUGGCGGCAGAUAAAGCGCGCGCAUAACGCAGUCGAGGCCAUCCGCGCUGAAGACAUCUCCGGGCUGUUCGCCGUCUGGAUAAUGGGAAUGGGAAUGGCAGCCGUCGCAACGUUCGCCGAGGGAAUCGUGGCAUGCCGAGGGCGCGUUGGGCCAUCAGAACCGCGCAGCGCCCUCAGGCGGCGCCGCAACAGGCUCAAGCCGGGCGUUCGGGAGCUUCUCUACUGCAAAUCGUAA